GUCUUAUGCGCAUGCGCAACACACUAGGAAGCAUCCUGGAUGUCUGCUGUUGUUUUGUGAAUUUUAAAGAGCUCCCCCGAAAGGUAAGCUGCUGUCUACACUUUGUAUUCAUUAAGGUUCAUAAAGUACAAGGGAAAAAAGUCUCAAACGUUUUUCACCGUCGCUAAAGAUGUUCAGGCAAGGGUUUAAACACAAUUACGUAGAUGUAAUAUUUUUUACACGCGGUUUUCGAAUCAUGGUUUCGGGACAAGUGGAAGAUGAGUUUGUACUUAACGAUGUGAAACGCAGUAAAAAUCUGAAAAAAAGUUUUGACCAAUGUCUAGAGCAAAGAAAAAGUAAUAGUCGGGAUAUGUUAUUUUAGCUGCUGUUACAAAUACUGAAAGUUGUGGUUGCCAAAACAAGGUUGCGCCAUAUUAUGACACUAUGGGACACUGUUGCGGAAGUUGGUUGAGGUCGUGGCGUUUCUUUGGUUAUAGAUAUCUGUUAUAUCGGCACACACGGGUGACUUCAUUCUGUGUUUAAACCCGCUUCAUUCCGAUGAAGUCAGUUAUUUCGGCGGUUCACUGAUAUUUUAGAGAAGUCAUUCAUCAAACAAGCCCCAAAGCUCUCUAAGACACCAUGUUAUUCAGCCCACACCGAGUCAGCGAUGGUCAUCUCUAUUAUGUAAUCCUGAAAUCUGAUGUAAUCCGACAUUUUGGGGUUUUCAUGCAACACUAAGAGGUCAAGAGAGUGUGACAGAUGUGUUGAAUCACGAGGUUGCUUCAGUGACUCACUGCAACGCCAAGUGACAGCCAAGGACUACCACCCUCCACAGACUUUGGGCAACUUUAAACUUAAGGAAACACUAUGUAAUUCCGUAAGUAGGCCUAUUUCUGAUUCUGAAACUGCUUUAAAUAAGACUAGGUUUGCAAACUGUGUCAGAAUAGCAAAUAGAUAAUAAUAGUAAUAAUAAUGUUUAUUUAAUGUAGCACCUUACAACAUCCGGAAAGAUGAACAAAGUGCUUUACACAGUCAAAUACACAAAUACAGGGAAAAAAAGUACAUGGCAAGUGACAAAUGUCACAGGAUAUCAUAACAAUAAAAGGUUAGAAAACACAGAAACAAUCAAAUAGAAAAUGGCAAAUGACACUAGAUAUUAAAGGCCUUUUUAAAUAGGUGAGUUUUAAGAUGUGUUUUAAGAAGUGCCAGGUCAUUAAUAGUAAGUAGUUCAGGGGGUAGAGAGUUCCAUAAUUUCGGGGCUGCUAUUGGAAAGGCAUGAUCGCCCCACGGUUCAAAAUUUGAGAAAAGAAUCUCCACCAGGGGUUGUUGUGAGGACCGGAGGGCUCUACAGUUUCAUCUAAGUGUUAGGCAAUCAGACAGAUAUACUGGAGCAAGACCAUGGAUAACUUUGAAAACAAACAUUAAAAGUUUUAAAAUGAUCCUGAAUUAAACCGGGAGCCAAUGCAGGGAGAGAAGAACGGGAGUGAUGUGACUGUGAUGGGGGUGUCGGUUAAAAGGCGUGCUGUAGCAUUUUGUACCAGUUGGAGGCGAGAGAGAGAGAAGAUUGCUUGAUACCAACGUAUAAGGAAUUACAAUAAUCUAACCUGGCACUGAUAAAAGCAUGGAUGGCCAUUUCAAGAUAUAUGAAUGACCCUAUCAGACUGCGUAAAGACAUUUGUAGAACUACAAAGGACACUAUUGCAUAUUCUGUGUUCACAACAUCCUUGAGAUUUUAUUAGAUUAUAUCCCCAAGUUUGGUGAUAUGGUGGCAUUUUGAGACCUUUUGCGGUUUUUCAAGAUCAUGACAAAUUAAUGAGUCAUCUACAAUGUGUACAUCUACAAUUGACUGUCAACUUGUUAUACCAGCAUCAGUGUCAACAACAGCUGGAAUUCCUCAGGGAGCAAGGGAGAACUGGAAUGAUGCCAUUAAUGAUACAUAAAUUGUUUAACAGAUUACAAAGUGCAUGUUGUUACAUGUGAAAACAGUGAUCAGUGAUGUACAUCAGUCAUUAAUUCCGUCAUGUCUUCCCUCUGUUACCAUCCUGCUGCUCUACAUUUGGUUAUAUCUUACUACCAUUGUUAACCACAGUCCGUUCUUGCUAUAUCCAACCACAGCUGAUAUGGCUGUUUUAGUCAGGCAUCACUCCAGAUCAAAUAUGAAAGCCUCUAAUGUAAACUGAAGUUUUUCCCCAUUCAAAGGCCUCUACACACCCAUGUUGAACAUAGUGUUGUUGAAUCAUUAUGAGGUUGCCACAGUAGUUUUAUUUUUAUAGCACAUUAAGACUUCCUAGCUAUCUCCAUUCAACAACUUUUCAUUUGGUUAGACAUCCUCAAACUCAGGGCUACCUUUCUGUUGAGUCCCCUUCAAAUGCAGCACAGGCAGUGAUGUCCAUUAAAAAUGCACUUUAUUUGCCUCACCACCUCCCCAGUCAACUAGGCUUUCUCUGUGGGGUUUUCCAGUGUUGGUAGUACAUGGCUAUGGGAUGAUCCUCUUCAUCUUUGAUGGCCCAGAGAGCUGUGGUCAGGCCCAGAAACUGUGCGAUUGCUUAGUUAGUGUGUGUGUGUUUUCACGUUGAGCGUGUUUGAAUAGCCUGUCCGAGCUUUUCAGAAACUGCUGGUCUAGCUGUCAUGUGCAGCGCAAGUGGGGAAGUAGGGUGACAUGAGGGUUUUUAUGAUUGUGUAACUAAGUUAGAUAGGAGAAGCAUCAGUGUGUGACUGGAUAUACCAGGACUCUCUUACACUUGAAUGUAUUUUGUGUCAUACAGCUGUGAAGAGUAGACAAUCGAGCGCAGUUAUCUCUGAUGAUUGCUGAUCAAAAGAAAAUUGACAGCACAAACUUUGUAGCCUGUACUCAGCUGUUGGAGCUAGCAAGAUGUAGCCUGACUUUUACGGCAGGCUUAAGUCAUCUUAGCUUGAAGACAUACCUGAGCAUCUGGAGGAAUGGAGUUGACAGGAGGAAAUGAAGGUCAAGUUUCGUGUAACUGAGUUCCUGGGAUGGGAAAAGUCUUAUUAGUGGUGUCUUAUGGCAGAGUGGAGGCCAAGGGAACACAGCUUGGUUGGGAAGGGACAUCUGCAUUCUUCACUGUGGGUAAGACAUCUGAUUUGUUAUGGAGACUUCAGGACAGAUAGUAAGAAAGAUGAAGUCGAUUUAUUAAGUAAAAAAUUACACUUUAUGUUUUUUAUAUUGGGAAUAUAAACAGAAGUGAUUAACUAACAGGAAAAUUAAUAGGGUGGAGAAUUUUUUAAAACUGCACCUUCUUUUGUGUUUGAUUUGUUUAAUUAAAUUGUGUGAACAAUAUCUAAAUAAUAGAAGCUCCACAAAGGUGAAACUACCAAUUUGGGGCACCACUGAACUCUGUAGGGGGUUUGUUUUUAGAUUUCUAAGCAGCAUAAAGUUAAAUUUUUGCAUUAAUAUUGUAAAAGCUACCUCCUUCAGCUUCUUUUUUGUGACUGCAGUUCGCUGUCAAAAUAAAGAACUUCCUUUAGCCGUAUAGUUGAUUAAAUUUAAUCAGAAUUACCAGUAAGGAUAGACAAUGUUGGACUUUUGCUGAAAUCUCACAUGCCGAUAUUGCUUAACUAAUUUCUGCUAAUAAUCUGAUAUUGUUGUUGACUUUUUUCUACAUUUUAAAGAACACUCGUCCCUCCUGCACUGAUAAUAAAUGAAUAAUUUUGGUGCUGUUUAGAAUGACACCUCUGAGAUGCUCUGUUAAAGUGGUUGAAUAGUGGGCGUUGUGCACCUUCUCUCAUCACCUGUGCUUUACAAACAUGCUAACAGUCAUUAUGCUGUCGGUUCCCAACACUUCAAAAUACUUACAUUGAAGCUUGAUGUUGGCUUUGGCUGUUAUCUUUGGCUGUCAUGAUUAAUGUGUCACCUUAAUGGCAGUACAUAUUAGUAAAGUUUUUAUGUCAGUCAAUAUGGAUAAUUAACUUUUGAAGCAUGUAUCCGCCCACAUACUGAUAUUGGAUCAAUAAUUACAAUGUAACAGGCUACAUUGGGUCCUCUUUUAUGCAUGGUAGGCAACUACAUGAGGUGACCCACUUAUUUCUACUUUUUCACAGAAAGCACGAUGACAGUCUGCUUUGUUGAUGCAGGUUCAAACUGGGUUAAAUGUGAUGUUUUCAGGAGCCUUCAGCAAAGUUUGACUUAUUGACUCAAAAGCUGCUUCAUCUUGGACAUAUCCUGACUUGUUAGGGGGUAAAACAGGAAUAAUUUAGAUGUCAAACUUUAUCAAACCAACCUCUAAAAGUGAACUAAAGUACAUAUUUUCUUUGGUCUAUCUCACUUAAUUUUGUCCAUUUACAUAAUCAUCCUAUCAUUGCAAGUUAAUGCAGCCGGUAGCUCCUUUUCAUGUUUAAUAAUAAGUCUCCGGGUUUGUGUCUUUAAAAGACCCCACCUUUUUUCACCGCUGUUGAUCUUUAGCACAUUCGUCAUGGACAAGAUGUGAUCCAAAGGUCAAUAUGGUUUACUCCAAACACUGGAAAUGCUGACAAUACAAUCAUUUACAGUAAAACCUUCUGUUUACUGCUUGCUGUAGGAGACAGGCUUUAAGUCACUAGGUCGUUAUUCUGAAAUCCUCUGAAUCUCUCUUUGGCUGUUCAAUCAUGAAUGUAAGUUGUACAUGUUUCAUGUUGUUUCAUUUGCAUUUAAUCAUUACUCAUUAGAUACUUUGGGAAAAUUCUGCAUCUGCUGUAUUAACUGUAAUGAAAGUCAUUUUUGAUGUUUGACAUGUUAAGUAAUGAAUUAAACAAACAGAACACUGAAGACAGACACUUUUUGUUCCUGUCUGACAGCUGAAACCUGCAGUUUUCACUUCUUGUUUUUUUUUUUCUGCUUACUUUUGUUUCCAGUCACAAACCAUGAACAUUGUGGGCCACCUUGCAGAGACUGUGUUUGUGACAGUGAAGGAGCUGUACCGGGGCCUCAACCCUGCCACUUUGACUGGAGGGAUCGAUGUCAUUGUGGUUCGACAGCCCGAUGGAUCAUUCCAGUGUUCCCCGUUUCAUGUGCGCUUCGGAAAGCUGGGUGUGCUGCGCUCCAAGGAGAAAAUUGUAAGUAUUUCAUAAUCAAUUAUUUUGACUACAACUCUACUGUAUUUUUAUCUUCAUGCUUCCUCAGUUGUAAACAUGCAUACACUACUGUGAUUUCAGGUGGACAUUGAGAUAAAUGGAGAACCAGUUGACCUGCACAUGAAGCUGGGGGACAAUGGGGAAGCUUUUUUUGUGGAGGAAAAUGAAAACAUGGAGGUAAGCACUUCUUCAUAUUAUGAAUUUUCUAACUUCUUUGGUCUGAUUGGAUGUGGAAUCCGUAACCUAAAGGCAUAAUUGUGAAUCUAACUUUAGUCCCAGGUCCCGGCACAUUUGUGCACCUCCCCAAUUCCUCUCGAGUUCCCUGAGGAGUUGGAGGAGACAGCCGAGGGGUCCUCCAUGGCUGGAUCUGGUUGCCGUAGGAAGAAACGCCGCCGCAAACGGCGUUCUGAUAGCCACCUUAGAGAUGAGGUUGGCUCCUCGUCAGAUGAGAGAGAAAGAGAGAGAGAAAGUGAUCAGGCUGGGCAGGAGAGUCCUGCUAAAGAGGGGACUUUCUCAACAUUGCAUGCCAGGUGUGUGAUACUUCAUAUUGCUGUAUAUUUUUUUGUUGGAGUGUAUUUCACUGCUUCAAAGUUUGCAAUUGAAAAUAAUGCCUUCUUGUGUAUGUUACAGCAAAUCAGUGUACUACUCUCUAUCUGAGGAGCCCAAUGAGGAGCUAGGAGCCGCACAGACCAGAGACAUGCAUCCACACUCAGAUGGAGAGCAGUCACCCUCAGAAAAGUGAGGAAUGCUAACUUGCACCACAUAUUUAUUGACUGAUGAUUGAUUGGUCUGUGUUGAACAGUCUCACCUAUUCUUUAGAAUCAGCUGACAGAGAUAAAGUCACUUUGAUUUCAGUGUCUCUCGCCCGUCCAUUAAUUGAUCUUUUUCUCUGUAUCUCUCUUUUUUUUAUCUCGCCUUCUUGCAGCAGUGUGUUCUUCAGUCGCCCCCAUUCUCCUAAGAGUGACUCUGAGCUUGUGGUUAAACCCCAGGGGUCAUCAGGGCCUCAGAUGGAGUGGAACUGGGGAGGUUUUCCUAUGGUAUGAAAACACACAAACAUCGAUAUGACUACUUUCUUCCUAUUUGUGGAUUUGGAAUCGCCUUGCUGACCCAUUUAGAAGAUUUAACUGGACUACUGUUUUUGUACCAAUAUAUAAACACCUGGCAGUAACUGAUUUAUUGACAAAUGAUGUCUGCAGUAGCGCACUGACUGUCUUUUACUGUCCUCCCCCUCUCUCCCUACAGCCUUGUCAAUCAGAGAGAACCUCAGUGGACUUGCAGCGCAUCCCCCCUCCUGGCAGCUCUUAUUUUCGCACAAUUGAGAGACAGGACUCCUUUGACACGGGUUUUGGGCCUGUGAUUAGCUGUGGUAGAGUGGGCAGUGUAACAGUGGUCAGGCCACAACCGAGGACUCAAUCCCUGGAUCUAGGUAGCCUCACUUUGCAGUCCCCACCUUUAUCCAUGGAGAAAAACUCCCACCUUGCCCACUCCACCCCCAGUGACCUCUCCAUGGCGUGUGCACCAACAACUAAGACUGAUGUGGAGUCAAAGUUAGGGGGAGAGGAGAGCAGAGAGUCGCUCUCUUUGUCAGCUAAUCGAAUAAAUGGAACCAGUUCUCCCUCCUGUCAAAAAAACACCACCAGUUUCAAGUGUAUCAACACUGAGACUGAUGUUAUUAGCCAAGAAAGUUUAAAUAAUGAGACCAAAGGAAACAACCUCCAGACCAAACUUAUAAAAGAGAGUGAAGACUGCAGAGUGAAAAGUUCAGAUACUACAGAGUUAACAAAUGCACAACUGCAAGGGGCCUCAUCAGAGCAGAGUGAACAUGGGUCCACCAGCAGUGCCCCUUUUAGUGAGGGGGAUAGUGGGAUAGAUCCUUGUGCAGAAGGAGGGGAGGAGGACACUGGACCAAAAGCCGAAGGGCGAGAUGCUGGGACCACUUGGACUUCUGUAGAGGGGUCAGCGAAUUCCUCAGAGGCUUCCUCUAAAGUGGAGCAACAAGAGAAGAAGAAAGGUAAAGGCAUGAUCUCAGUUUUAUCUUUGUUACUUUCUAAUAAAAUUAAAUGUUACAACUCUAAUUAAACAGUGGGGUCGUGCAUUUAUUGUUUUGCUCUCUGACUAAGUUCAGUUGUGAUUUUGUUGCAGGUAAACGUAACCACCAUCUUGGACCAACAGAUAUUUACUUGGAUGAUCUGACCUCAUUGAACCCAGAGGUGGCUGCACUCUACUUCCCCAAGAGGUAAAAUUUAAAAAGUGUCUGUUGUAUGAUGCAAUAUGUACUCAGAAUACAGUGUAAGUGACUGUUUUUCUAUGUGGUCCAUUUAAAAAAAUAAGUUUUUACACUCACAGUUUAUGAAUUGAAAGGCAAUAGGGUCACUCAUGUCCACAGUGAUUGAAUUUGUCUAUUCACCCCUGCAGUGAGACAGAGGGAGGGUCUCAGCAUGGAGCCGAGCAGGGAUCCUUAUCGGGGAGCCAGUCACCUCAGUCAGUGGGCAGCGGGGCCAUGGACAGUGGGACAGAGUAUCUGUCUGAUUCCACUUCCUACAAUAUGGAUGUUAGCAUGUCACUCUGUGGACAAGAGGAGGACACCAGUCAAAUCACUAAAGGUGAGAAAGAAUCAAACAGUGCUGCCCAUUGACUGUAUAUAGAAUGGACGCCGUCUGCCUCCUCGCUGGGUGAAGACACCACGAGCACAGCACCCUCUGGUGACGGGCCUGCCUCCUCCAGCCAUCCCUAUGGAGCUGUGGACAAACUAAAGAAAUAUGUUACACAGAAUUUUUUUUUUCCCUUGCCCGUGAUGUUGACAUAUAGUUAUUAGGGGUUCAUGUUUUCUAUUAUUGACAUUUGAUACAGCCUAUGGGUGUACAAAGAUUGCAUAGCUCACCCAGGGGAUACGCUGUUUGAGCCGAGCGUCAUCACAGCGACUCUCCCGCCAAAUGCGCACAAAACUAUUGCGCAACGUUGGUUUCAUGAAGUGGGAAAAAAACAGGAAAUAUCAAGAGCUUUUUUGCCUUCAAAUCUGUAUACUGGCAGAAGGCGGAACCAAGUUGUCCAUAGUAUAUACAGUCUGUGGUGCUGCCACUCUGGGUCUGAAACAACAUACUGUAGGAAAGAGAAAACAGCUGGGUAAAACUUUUUAUGUUUUUGAUAUCAGAAAAGUUUAUGCAGCACUUGGUGACGUACCAGGAUUUUGCUAACAAUCCAGGAAUCAUUGAAGAUCCGAGCCUUGUGAUCUGCAUCAACUCCAAGUAAGAUGACUCUUUUGAUUCUUUGUUUCAUAAAUAGAGGAUGUUGAAUGUAAAAUGGCAGCUAAAAAAUAAUGUAUAGUAGAUUAUUACAUGGCUUUUUUAAUUACUUGAAUGUGAAUGGUCAAUACUGUUGCUUUGGAUACAACUCUUUUCACAGACUCUGUUUGACCAACUUUAAUCUUAACAAUUGGCUGAACUGAGCUCAAGUUAAUUGAACAUUAAUAAUAAAGUGAAAAGAGACAAAGGCAACAGAGUAAUGGCAGGAGCAGAUUAAGACAUAAACCCUGAAGGCUAUUGAUUACUUCAUUUGCCAUCUUCAGUUUCCUGCCACAUCUAACGCAGUCUUGACAUAAAAAGGCUUUAAUGUUGACGAGAGUUUAUCGUUUGGCACCUUUUACAUGUCAUCAUUUAUCUCUUACAGCUACUAUAACUGGGCUGUGGCCGCUCCAAUGGUCUUGUCAAUGACCACUUUUCAGAAAAACCUCCCCAAGGUAUUUGAUGGUUCUUACAGUAAACAUGUCAAAAUACAAAAAAUCUCCACAUCAACCAAAAAAACAAGUGGGCACAUUUGACAUUUCUUUUUCAUAUUUGUGUUUGUGUUUAUGUUUAUGUAGAGCACAGUAGACCGGCUGGUAAAAGACAAGAUGCCCAAAAAGUCUGGACGCUGGUGGUUCUCUUGGAGGAGAAGAGACAUGGAUCAUAACCGGGUGAGUUUUUAAGAAUUUUAUUGCAGUACCAAGCACAAAAUGAAUGUUACAUAUUUGCAUAUGUAGGCGGUACUGUGUACCACUUGCAAGGUGUAGCCUUGCAAGCUGAGGUUGUUUUAUGUUUUGUCCACAUUUGAAAUAUUGACUGAGACCAUUGUUAUUGAUAAGCUUGUACCUGACAAUAAGCAUCCUCUUUUUAGCAGAAAACCUCGAAAGAAGAGCAAGAUGAGCCACUCAAGAGUGUUUCUUCCUCUGUAAAGUAAGUCAAUGACCUAACGCAAGAGAAAAAAUCUAACAGAAACCUCACCUGCUGUGUUUUAUUUGGGAUCUGAAAACAUAAAAAGACUUCAUAUAUUUUGUAUCUGUUCUAUUUUUUUUAAUAGUUCACACUGAUAAAAUAUUAGUAUUUUAUGAGAGUUCAAACCAUGUCUGCUGCAUUUCCUUAAAUUCUUAGAAUCCCACUAGGCAAAGGGAAAAGUUAGAGGGAACAGUGAAGCCCAAAAGGGUAUAUUGAAUUCAUGAACUAACUUUUUAUUUAAAUUCUGUGUAAGUAAGCCAGAGUGAACAGAGAGCUUGGCGAGAUUGUAAAUUUAGCAGUAAAUAUAAAAAUUUUAAAAAAAAAACGCUGUCUCAUCAUUUGAAACAGACUCAGACUGUCUGAAGGCUGAUUGAUGAUACAGAUCAGCACGUAAAGGAAGGCCUUAGUGUUCUGGACUAUUACCGUUACACUUUUAGAUACAUAUUAAAUACACAGUUUGAAAAAAAAAAAAAACAAAGCUGUAUGUGCUUUCCCCUCAGGGCCACAUUGGAUGAUAUGGACAGUGAUGAGGCUGCUGGCUUUGGUCAAAAAGCCACCAUUCCCUCCAGCCUAUCAACGGAAACCCUUAACACCACACAGUGUAUCAACCAGCUGUACCGCAAAUCCCUUCGUCUAACCUCUAAACAAAUAGUAAGAGAAACAUACGCUCACAUUAAGAAUUUGACUCUGCUGUCCUCUGUAUAUUGUGGUUUACCACUUGCUCUCCUGCUUCAAAGCAUGACAUUUUUUUCUCCUUUUGGAAAACCAGGAACACUUGAACCUGCGUGAAGGAGCCAACAAGGUGGUUUUCAGUGUGACCACACAAUACCAAGGCACCUGUCGCUGCGAGGCUGCUAUCUACCUGUGGAACUGGAACGAUCGCAUCAUCAUAUCAGACAUCGAUGGCACCAUAACCAAGUGAGAACAACUGUGAUUUCUUACAUGCCUGGGAUUGUAUGUGGAUCAUUUGGCAAAUGUGUUUUAAAAAGGUUCAUGCUGGGUUUAUUAUUGCUAUGAAGGAUGCUUUGGAGUAGUGUUUUUCAACCUUAUUACCCUGAUAUCUAAGAGGAUGAGAGGUACUUUCAGCCUGGUGGUUGUUGGGGGAAAUAAAAGCUGGUAAAGACGCAGGUAAAGAGGGGAUCACCUGCAACUUGAUACUAUAUAAUCAUUGACUGCGGCCAGUGUGAUGAGUAACUGUGUUUUUAAAAAAGUGUUAAGCAGAACACUAAGAGUUAGCUUAUCACCCUCAAGCAAUGAAAACACUGCAGGUAGUCUCUCCACAGAAGAACACAGAUGGGUUUUUCAAUUUCAAAACCACAGAAAGCGAGAAGAAGAGAAGUCAAGUAAAGUGAUUUAUCCAGCCAGCAUGUUAGUCUCUUCUUUGUUUGAAUAACUCCACUGAUGCUAAGGGUCAUGACUCAAAAAAGUUGAGAAUUACUACAUUGGAUCGCUGUAUGUCCUCCCAUUUUCACAGUUCAAUUUGUGGUUUUGUCUUCUGCAGGUCUGAUGCUUUGGGACAUAUUCUACCUCAGUUUGGAAAAGACUGGACUCACAAAGGCAUCGCCAAACUCUACCACAAAAUACACCAGUAUGUAUAUCACCAGUCAACACUCAAAAGCAACAAAAAAGCCAUGUUUGAUUAGUCUGUGUUUUUCCUUUUCUGAUUUUUUUCCCACACAUCUAUCACACAGGGAAGUAAAAGGUAGCAUGUGUCUGACUGCAGAUGACCUUAUUCUGAUCUCAUUCUCAUCACAGUUAUCUAAUCUGCUUUGCCAGAUGUUCUCUGCUUGUUCUCAUUAUUAUGUUCCCAUGCUGUGCUUUUAUAACAAGAUCAGCUGUCCGGUUAAUUGAAAAAACAUCUGAUUUAAUGGGAACUGCUCAUUUUACCGAAGAAAUACGUUUUACUUCAAAUGUUUAGCUAAGAGUGUAGUAUGAGUGUUUACCAUAAAUCAGUGUGUUUAAUCUGAAUGGUAUUUCUCCUUUCCUUACAGGAACGGUUACAAGUUCCUUUAUUGUUCAGCACGGGCCAUAGGUAUGGCCGCCAUCACCAAGGACUACCUUCAGUGGGUCAAUGAUAAAGGCACAGUGCUGCCUAAAGGGCCUGUGCUGUUGGCUCCCAGCAGCCUCUUUUCAGCACUACACAGGUAACAAAGACCAGAGAACUACUGAUUAGAUAAUACUAAUGCAUUGUUUUUCCUUUUUAUAGUUAAAGUCAAUUGAAUUGGUAGAGUUUAGUCCAAAGUGUGAAAUAAAAAUGCUAUUUUGACACAUUAAGUUGGUUAGACGCUGUUCUUAGAUUAGAUUACAUUAGAUUAGAUGACAUUAGAUAACAUUAGAUAUAACUUUAUUGAUCCCUAUGGGAGGGUUCACUUAGGGAAAUUAAAAAUAAAACAAGAUUUUUUUUAUAUGUCCAUGGGAUAUGUAUUAAAGACAGAAAAGGGAAUAAAAGCACAUUUUGUCACUGUAAGAAGAUUUCAAUAAGUUCAAAAAAAAAAUAAAGUUGACAGGAAUGUGAAAAAAGAGUUUUAAAAGUUUAAAGCACUCAGUAUUGACGAGCUGCCGGGGAGGCUGCCGUCUCCUAUAGCGCCAUGGCAAGUAUAGUCUUUCAAGUAUAACAAUCACUGUGAUGUGCUGCUGACCUCUUGUGGCCAUUUGUCUAAUACAAAAACACAGAGCCGCUGUCCUUUGUAAAAUGUAUCAUGAACAAAAUUUGAAAUAUUUUCCCCUUAAAUAUGAGCUGUUUGUUUCCAACGUUGCAGAGAAGUUAUUGAAAAGAAGCCGGAGAUUUUCAAGAUUGCCUGUCUGAGUGACAUCAGGGACCUGUUCAACCCACAGAGACAACCGUUCUAUGCAGCGUUUGGCAACAGGACAAAUGUAAGCAAUGCAGUUCAACUAGCUCUUAAUGGAAAGACUAGAACUUUUUUUUUUUUAAAUCAGGGUUUUCUGUUUGCCAUGUUAACAUUUUGACAAUGAUUGAAACCUCCAGAGUUUUUAUCCGGUCACCCAUGGGUUUUCACCUUGUAAUUUGUUAGUAUAUGCAUCCAGGAAAGCACUCCAGCAGGUAGAAAAAAGUUCAAGGUUGUGAAGUUUUGGGUUUGCUAGUGGAUAAGUAAACACUUGUUAAUGACUGACCAGGAUUUACUGCUGUGACGUAUACAGUAACAGCUGCAGAGAUGCCGCUUUGUUUAACUGUUCUGUGUCUGUUACUCUUGAUUUUGCAGGAUGCUCAUGCCUAUAAGGAGGUUGGGGUGCCUGACAGCAAGUUAUUCACUGUAAACCCCAAAGGAGAGCUCACCCAGGAGAAGACUAAAGGGAACAAGUCCUCGUAAGUGUAAAAAAAGAUGGAUGAAACCCUUUAAUUAUUUUUUUAUUUUUUUAUUUUUGCUUUGAACAAGUCACAAUAACCUGAUUACCCUAAUGGUAUUAAAAAGUCUCUAGAAGAAGUUGACACAAAAAAAAAAACACAACAGGAUUUCACAAUUUGUGUCUUGAGUUGUAACAAGUAAAAAUCUGAACUGAAGAACUUGAAAGCAGGUUUUAAAAGUACUUGACUGUCAUUGAGGCAUGAGUUAAUGUUUAUUUUUGCACGUUUGUGUGUGUUUUGCAGGUACAGUCACCUGAGCGAGCUGGUGGAACAUUUCUUCCCCAUGUUGUCUGUUGAGGGCAGCAAGUCAUUUAUUUUGGACUGUCCUGAGUACAGCAGCUUCUCGUAUUGGAAAGAGCCUCUGCCAGAAGUGGACAUGAAUGCACUUCUAUAGACACUCAAAGACUCACUUCUACAAAAAGCUGCUGCGUACACACAUUUUAAAACAGGCACAUACUGUAUACCCUUGUUCUUGUUUCCUUUCACUAAGGAUAUCUAAAGGGUUCUUCCAUGUUUACCUAAUAUUUGCCUUUGAUAGACUUUCUGUCUGUGGUACCAAUUAAAUAAGCUGAUACAGAGAGGUCGUCACAUGAUGGCAAGAUAAAGCCAAAUCUGGUACAAUAUGCAUGAACUCUGAUUUUCAAGUUUACUCAGUAUUAACUACUUUCAUUUACAGAUUUAUUGAACACACAUAAUAGACGUCUGGGCUGUUUUAUCUUCUUGUUUUUUUGUGCACGACUAUCACAGACAUUCCAAAGUAAGAAUUUACACAGUGAAUAUCUUCUCACAUCAUGUCUCUCUUUCAGGUGAAGAAGGAAAUCUUGAUACGAAUCAGGUUGUAUUUAAUAGAUUCAAAUGCCCUAAAUCCCACAUAUACCAAAACUGUCCAACUACAACCAUUGUCUUUUUUUGUGAUUGAUGUAGAUGUUUUGAAUUUGCUCCAGCACACACAGCUAUAAAACAUUCUUGUUAUCCUUUUUUUCAUUUUGGAUCAGGAAUCUAUGUUCUGUGUGCUGCUUGCAACAAUGUUUGUGGACUUGCUCUUGUUGUAAAGGUUGUUAUAGUUUCAUGUAUUUAGUUGACACAUACUGUACGAGAAUGAAUUUAGAUAUUUCAAGAAUCUGUCAGAGAUCACCCAGGUUUAUCCUGAGCAGUUAAGCAUUUAUAUGUUGUCAGAAUUUUUCUUCAAGCUCAUAAGGUCCCAUCAGAAUCAUGAGCAAUAACAGUUUUGGAUUGGUUGCAAGAUCUUUUGGUAACUUCAGAGUUAACCAUGCAGCCAGGUGUCGAAAAAUGGUUAGUUAAAAGGGCAAAUUGAAUUAAUUGUUAUAGGAAAGGUCUGCAAUAUGCGUCCUUUCCGAGUGUUUUAAAAUGCACAAUAUGGACAUUUCAUAGUACUUCACUACCAACUUUUGAAAUGUUUGCACACCACAGAAACACUGUUGUGGAUCAGUGACACUAAUAACUUAUCAGUACAGAAUGCUGAAGUGCCUUUGUCAGUUAUUAUUGUUAUAUUUAUUAUUUUUGCAUAUCUUACUUUAUCAAACUGAGAUGAAAUGCAUGGAGGCUGAGGAUGUGGCUCUUUCUUUUUAAACCAAAAUGUAUGGAAAUAUAAAUGAGUUUUGAAAUACAAA